AUGUCUCAAUCGCAUCCAUCGGCUAAUAUCAGGUGGGGCAUUAUUGGAACCGGGUACAUUUCAACACUCUUUGUUAAAGACUUAGUGAUCGCCCAAAACCACAGUUCAACUCCAGCCCGACAUGUUAUCGAAGCAGUAGCCACGUCGAGUUUGAACAAAGGGUUAAAAUUUCUUGAGGCUACCGAGACCACUCUGCAAAAUCCCAAGAUUUACACCAAACAGGAAGACCUAUAUGCAGACGGUCAGAUAGACAUCGUAUACGUGGGGUUGCCACAUUCUAUGCACAAGGAUGCCUGCCUGAAUGCUAUUGCCGCGGGAAAACACGUACUUUGCGAGAAGCCAAUGGCGAUAAACGCCAAAGAAGUGGACGAGAUAAUAGCUCUUGCAAGUCAAAAGAAAGUCUUUGUGAUGGAAGCUCUUUGGACUCGGUUUCUCCCAGUAAUUAGAGAGCUGAGAACACUGAUACACGAAGAAAUGGUUAUUGGAAAAGUGUCACGCAUGUUCUGCGACUUUAGCUGCGACAUGGGCGCGUUGCCAUCAACAUCGAGGAUCAAGGAUCGAAACCUGGGCGGAGGAGCUCUUCUUGACCUUGGAAUAUACACGCUCACCCUGAGCAAUUUGAUACUGGAUGGACAGGUCGGAGAAAAAGCGCUUCAGUCCGAAAUCUCAUCUAGAAUGACUGUCGUAGACGGAGUUGAUCACUCGGUAGCGAUUGUGGUCAGCUAUCCUUCCACGCAGUGCCUUGGCAUUCUGACCGCCUCUUUAGAGAGCACUACAGAGAGAGAUUUCUGUCGCAUUGAGGGCAGCAGGGGUGUCAUAAUAUUAUCUGGCCCCAUGGCAGCAAAACCGACGUCUAUAAGAAUCCAGCGCUACAACAACACCACUGACGAGGUCCGCGAGUUUGAGCAUCCCGGUAAUGGUUUCUACUUUGAGGCAAAUUCGGUAGCGUCAUGUAUUUUGGCCGGGAAGCUAGAGAGCGAUGUUAUGCCCUUGGCGGAGACUCGUAGAAUAGCUGCCAUCAUGGAUGAGGUUAGGAAGACCGGUGGUGUUCUGUAUCCGCAAGAUUAG